UGUGUGAUUAUUCAGGUCUGCCUCAUGGCCACAGAUCCCGGAAGUAGCGUUCAGAUACAAAUGUAUUUCUGAUUGUCCGAGUGCCAGCGUCCUCCUGCUCACCUGUCUGUCUGCAGUUCAUAUUCAGCAACAAUGCGAGUCCCACAUGUGUCCAGCUCUCCACAGAUCCAGGCGCUGUUGACCAGCUCAUCCUCGGGUCUAGAGGACUUCAAAGCUCACGCCGUCUUCCAGGAGAUCAGUAAAAAGCUGCAUGAGGACGGAGAGCAGUUUGUGAAGAAGAUCGGAGGUGUGUUUGCCUUCAAGGUGAAGGACGGGCCGGGAGGAAAGGAAGCCAUUUGGAUUGUUGAUGUUAAGAACGGAAAAGGCUCCGUUGACAACGAUGCUGAGAAGAAAGCAGACUGCACCAUUGCCAUGGCCGACUCUGACCUGCUGGACCUCAUGACUGGAAAGAUGAAUCCACAGACCGCGUUCUUUCAGGGCAAACUGAAGAUCACUGGAAACAUGGGCAUGGCAAUGAAGCUUCAAAACCUGCAGCUGCAACCGGGCAAAGCCAAGCUGUGAGAGGCGGAGCCUCGAGUAGCCCCUCCCACCCAGUUCACUCUGUUAGAGUAGCUGCAGGAGUCAGACACCAAAUGAGUUUCUGUGCUGUAGAGCCUCUUUCUAACAAGGCAAAGUGAUAGUUCACCCAAAAAUAAACAUUUGGUCAUCAUUUCAUAAUGUAAACCAUUCGACUAUUCUUAGUCUUUUUCUGAAGAUAAACUUCAAAUGAGUGUGGGUUUGUGAGUGAAUGAUGCCAGAAAUCUCAUUUUUGGGUGAAUUAUUUAAAUGAAUCACAGGAGUCUGAUAGAUGGUUACUAAAAUACUAUUUUAAUAAUGUUCUUGAUUGCCCCCAACCCCCCGCCC